AUGGCGCGACUCAAUGAACCUCCAGUGUCUACGGACAAUCUUGAUAUCAUCCGAAGAAAACUUCUCCGCCAGAACAGGGACCUUGCGAGGGCCAAUUCCACCCAUCUACUUCGCAUCCGAACACUCGAGGCACAGAAUGCCCAGCUCAUGUCAGACAAGCUUACCCUCGAGGGUCGCAUUAUUGCCCUGGAACAACAGCCCGAACCAGACAGCGAGGCACACAGGAUAGCUGAUCAUGCGAUCGACAUGCGCACUCAGCUGGAAGCCCGCCUACUUCAGUGCGUCGAGAUGCUCGGGGAGCUGGGAACCGCACCGCCCAGGAAGCGACAUUCGAACGCGAGGCAGCGCAGAGAGUCGACAGCAGCCCGGAUCUCUCUCAACCGACGUAGCCCUGCAGCCCGUCGUAUUCGUCCAUUUGAGACCCAAGAAGAAGCCGAAGCCCGUGCCAAGGCUGAGGGCAGGUUGACCCCGAUUGCUGAGAAAAGAGACUGGACCUCCCGUCGCACUAUGGACCAGAACGAGAUCAUGGCUUUGUGCAGUGCUGCCGAUACCACAGACUCUCCAGAGUUGGGCCCCCCUCCCAUGUCGCGAUUCGUUGAUAUCGACACCGAUCCCGUAAAGACAUCACCCAGCAGAGUUCAACCAACGAACAAACAACUGAGCGUCGACGUGAAAUUUGAGGCGCCAGCUUCGCCAAUUUCGCCUGCACCGACGAAAAUGAUCACGCCUGUUAAAUCGGGGGCGGCCACGACAGAACCAGACGAUGCCCAUCAGGUCGAAACGGACAUUUCGAGUCCCACGCCCGUCAAGAAGCAGAAUGCACCUGAACUGGCAAAAACAAGCUCCAAGCGGAAGUUUGGAUCGAAUGAUGUCCUGAACACGACAACCUCUUCCGCCGCUGUGUCCACAGCGCCAAGACCCCGUAGCACCAUCCGCACCGAAGGAAAGAAUACCAAAACAUUGAAGGAGCUCGCGAGCAUUCGACGCGAAGCGAAAGAUAGCUUGACCGCUCCCAUCACAACUGCUCGAAAGCCUCUAUCGAACAAGAGCACCAACGAGGACAUCAUGUCACCCAAAAAGUCUUCAAAGCCCGCUCCCAAAGAUGACCUCACAAAACCAGACAGGGGUCUAGAUGGGGCUCGCAAGGGAAAGGCAAAGCCCAAAACCAAAGACUCGGAGACGACUGGCAUCGUCGUUCCACUGGCACCGCUGGUUUCAUCAAAGCCGACUAUCGACCCUUGGAGAAGCCUGGAGCAGCGAGCCCUUUGGCCAAAAAGGCUUCUGUGGUAG